UUUAUUUUGAGUUGCCAUUUGCCCAAGGAAACCAUAAGUCCCACCCUCCUGUGUAUACAACACAUCAUUGGACAUCUGGGUUGUCCAUCACUGGACAUCUGGAAUAACACGAGUAUUCGCACAGUCCGCGCUGCCGUGUAGCCUGCAGGCCACGGGAGAGGGUGAGUUAUGGCAGUUUUAAUGUUUGAUGUGAGACAGGCCGUUGCGAAGAUGAAGGCGGACUCCGAUUCACUCUGACUUCAAGCACCCUUUUUUCAUUCAGUAAAACAUGCCCACUGUCAACAUGGCAGAGCAGUCGACUGCGGUGCCCUCUCCUAAUAUGGCGGCGCUUAGCCCGGCUAGAUCAUUGACUGUUAUUUUCUUAAUUGUCAGCGGCUGUCUGGUAAAUCCUGCUAAUGGAAAGGAGGGGACAGAUGAGACUGUCAUCAUAGGGCUUAGGCUGGAGAAUUCCGACGAAAUAUCCUACAUGGAUGAAGGCUUUUUGCGCCUCAGCGAGCGCUCGCGUGUCAAGUUGAGGGUCUAUGGGCAAAACCUUAACAACGAGACGUGGUCCAAGAUUUCCUUCACUGAGCACAAGCGAACAAGUGUCCCAAACGACGCGGACAGCCCGUCAGCCUUGGACAUGCAGGACCUAGGAGAUGCGACUGGGGGACAGCCAUGCGGCAUACGCUCCUCUGAUAUAAUUGUUCUCCCCCAUAUGAUAGUAAGCAGAAAAACGUCGGGCUUGAUUGAAUUAGACGUGAAACCUCUACGGAAAACAGAGAAGUGUAAAGUUUACUACCUUUGCAUUGCCACUGCAUCAGUCGGACCGCCAGGUACGUCAGAUGGGUGGUCUGCGAACACCUGGAUUUACCACGUUGGCCAGGACACCACGGUGCUUGUGGUGGAGGAGAAGAAGUUCCUCCUGCCGUUCUGGUUCCAGGUGAUCUUCAUCGGGAUGAUGCUGUGCCUUUCGGGAAUGUUCAGUGGGUUAAACUUAGGCCUUAUGGCCCUGGACCCCAUGGAAUUGAGAAUAGUUCAAAAUUGUGGGAUUGAGAAAGAAAGGAAAUAUGCAAAAAAGAUAGAACCUGUGCGAAGUCAAGGUAAUUAUUUAUUGUGUUCCCUUCUAUUAGGAAACGUUCUUGUAAACACAACAUUGACUAUUUUGCUUGAUGACAUUGCUGGGUCGGGUUUGAUUGCCGUGGUGGUGUCCACUAUUGGCAUUGUCAUUUUUGGUGAAAUUGUGCCUCAAGCCAUCUGCUCACGGCACGGGUUGGCUGUGGGUGCAAACACAAUUUUCCUGACCAAAUUUUUCAUGAUCCUCACCUUCCCUGCUUCGUACCCGGUGAGUAAACUUCUGGACCAUUUGCUUGGACAAGAGAUUGGGACUGUGUACAAUCGAGAGAAACUCUUAGAGAUGCUGAGAGUGACGGAUCCUUACAAUGACUUGUUGAAGGAGGAGCUGAACAUCAUCCAGGGUGCUUUGGAACUCAGGAACAAAACGGUGGAGGACGUGAUGACCCCUUUAAGGGACUGUUUCAUGAUCGCCGCAGACGGGGCCCUUGAUUUCAAUACCAUGUCUGAGAUCAUGGAAAGCGGCUAUACCCGCAUCCCCGUGUUUGAAGGGGAUAGGUCCAACAUCGUGGACCUGCUGUUCGUGAAAGACCUUGCCUUCGUGGACCCAGAUGACUGCACGUUGCUGAAGACCAUCACCAAGUUCUACAGCCACCCGCUGCACUUUGUCUUCAACGACACAAAGUUGGAUGCUAUGCUGGAGGAGUUUAAGAAGGGCAAGUCUCACCUGGCUAUUGUGCAGCGGGUCAAUAACGAGGGAGAGGGCGACCCCUUCUACGAGGUUUUGGGUAUCGUCACCCUGGAGGACGUCAUCGAGGAGAUCAUCAAGUCCGAGAUCCUGGACGAGACGGACCUAUACACUGACAACAAAACAAAAAAGAGGAUAGUCCAUCGCGAGCGCAAGCAGGACUUCUCCGCCUUCAAGCCCGUGGAGAGCGAGCUGAAGGUCAAAGUCUCCCCUCAGCUCCUGCUCGCCACCCUGCGUUUCCUAGCAACAGAGGUGGAUCCCUUUGGUCCGGCUCAGAUGUCGGAGAAGAUCCUGCUGCGGCUCCUCAAGCAUCCUCCUGUCAUCCAGGAGCUCAAGUUCGACGACAAGAACAAGAAGCAGCCCGAGCACUACCUCUUCCACCGCAACAAGCCCGUUGACCACUUCAUCCUCAUCCUGCAGGGCAAAGUGGAGGUUGAAGCAGGUAAAGAAGGAAUGAAGUUUGAAGCGGGGCCCUUUUCGUAUUAUGGAAUGCUGGCCUUAACAUCCUCCCCAGUUCCUCUCUCCCUGUCUCGGACCUUCGUGGUCAGUAGAGCGGAGUCUUUAGCUGGAUCCCCAGAGAACAAGUCGCCCCCACGGCCCUUUGGCCUGAACCACUCGGACUCUCUGAAUCGAUCCGACCGCCUUGAUGCAGUCACCCCAACACUAGCCAGCAGCAACAACCAGCUCAACGCUUUCCUGCAGAUCUAUGUUCCGGACUAUUCCGUCAGAGCCACAUCAGAUCUGCUCUACAUCAAGGUCACGAGGCAGCAGUAUCAGAACGCCCUAACCGCCUCCCGUAUGGACAAGACGCCCCAGUCCACCGAUGGCGAGUUCCCCAAGAUCGAGCUGACCCUCCCUGAGCGGCCGGCCAGCGCGGCCGACGACUCGGUCAGCCUGCUCCUGCCCCAGCCCAAUAACGUGCACACACACAGCAACUCCCACUGCAAUGCGCACGCACACACCAACUCCCACUCCAACCACACAGGCCACAACGAGGGCGCCAUCUAAGCGUCUGCACAUGCACACACACACUCAGACCCACACACACACACAGUCACUCAGACACACACACCUCCCCCAGAGAGUGGGGGUGAGAGAGAGAGACACAGCCAGAAAUAGACAGGGUUUUGCAAUCGAAGAUCAGAAGGAGAGAGCAGACCUGCGUCAGGACCGCAACUCACCCUCGCCCCAAUCACUCUGGACAGCUUGAGCCGCCGGCAGAACUCCACGUGGGACAGAGCGGAGGCAGGGACCCGGGGAUCCUUUGCAGGAGGGAGCCCAGCCCAGCCCAGCCCAGCCCCCGGCCUCAAACUCAGGUCACUGUUUAUGGUGCUCUGCAUGACGGGGAAGGUGAACGCGCUGAGGAAGGCUCCGACUUAAUAAAUAGGGACACACUAACAACACACACACUUGUACACAGACCUAUUAUUAGAUGGCUGAGAAGAAUAGACCUUAACAUGGACUAAAGUCCUCAGGCGCUAGACAGAGAAGUCUUACACAUGGCUACGCCUUGGUGAACUUCUCCCCUGCACUGUGUCAUUUGUAGGCAGCAACCCCACCCCC